GAUGAGGGAGGUACGAACCAUGCUCUUCUGGAGGGCGGUGGCUGCUGAGUUCGUGGGCAUGCUGCUCUUCAUCUUCGCCGGUCUGUCCACCAUCGUCGGGGGAGGCCAGCCUGGGACGGCCCUGGAGCUGAAGGUGUCUCUGGCCUUCGCGCUCGCCAUCGCCACGCUGGCGCAGAGCUUGGGGCACGUCAGCGGCGCCCACCUCAACCCGGCGGUCACGCUGGGCCUCAUGUUCAGCUGCCAGAUCAGCGCGGUGCGCUGCGUUUGCUACAUCCUGGCUCAGAUGGUGGGAGCCGUCACGGCCAGCGUCAUCGUGAAUUCAUAUAAACCCGGAGAGGCUCUGGGAGUCAACCAGCUGAAUGUCGGAGUGGGAGCGGGCUUCAUCAUCGAGUUCUUCGCCACCCUGCAGCUGGUGCUGUGUGUGAUCGCAGUGACCGAUCAGCGACGGAGCGACGUGAGGGGGUCGGCGCCGCUCGCCAUCGGGCUCUCGGUGGGACUCGGUCACUUCGCUGCAAUCAGUUUCACCGGCUGUGGCAUCAACCCCGCUCGCUCCUUUGGACCAGCUUUGAUCCAAGGAAAAAUGAAAGACCACUGGGUGUACUGGCUGGCGCCGUUGUGCGGCGGCAUGGCGGCCUCUCUCAUCUACGAUUUCAUGAUUUUUCCACAAGCUCGUAACCUGCGCUCCCGCGCCAGCGUCCUCCUCAACGGCCCCGAAGACAGAAACAACUUGAUGGAAGCGUCUGCGGAGGAAGACAGCAGGCCGGGGCCGAGUCACUGGCCCAAACAGUGAAUGAUUGAUCUGUUUUAACAGCAGAUCACAAUAAAUACUGCAUUUUGAAUAGUUUCCUCAGUCAUACCUGAUAAUAUUUAACCUGACAGGCCGUUUAUGUCCUCUUUGAAGUUUAUAUCCUCUUUGAUUUUCCUUUGUCUUCAGUCUUUCCAAGAUAUUCUGCAUUGGCUUUACGCAGAUGACACACUCUUAUACUUUGUGCUUUAUUCAGCUUCAUUAUUAGCAGUGUUUCCA